AGGUGUUUUACAGUUUAGUAAUGUCCUUCUACGUAGCAGAACAAAUAUUUAUUUUAACAAGUAAUUGUAAAUUUGUAAAUGUUACUAAAUUCUUUUGUUCGUUGCUUCGGUUCAAAUUUUAUAUUUGAUGCGUUUGAAGUUCUCGAAUUUUACACUACGGCGAGCCACAGUAACCAUAUAACACUAUUUUCGAUUCUGCAAUCUAGACAUAUUCAUGGAUUGCAAUGUUGGCGAACUUGAAAUCGCAUUGAAUUACAUUGAAUGAAAAAUUGAUGAGCUGUGAGCAUCUGCAGUGCGCGUCGUGUGUUAUGUUGUGACUGGUGUUAUUACAAAUAACUUUCAAGAAAAAGUUUGUUGUUUGGCCUAUAAUUUAGGGCCGUGAAAAUGUUUAUGUGCGACAAUUGAAAUCAAUGUAUAAACGUUAUUUCGUGUUAAAUAUAAAUGAAAAACAACCCUAUUUUCUAGUAGAAUAGACGUCGUUCUUUUACGACGAUAUAAUUGUGUGCUCGUAGAGCGGGAAUCGUUGAAUAUUUCACAAUGGCAGAUUUUGAUGCAAUUUACGAAGAUGAAGAAAAUGAACAAAACUUGGAAGAACACUACGUAACAAUGGUACCAGAUCCUAUAGUUAUUCGCGGAGCUGGUAACAUGACAGUAUUUGGGCUUAGCAAUCGCUUUGAAUCAGAAUUCCCAAAUGGCCUGGUGUCACGCGUUGCUCCAGAAGAAUUUAAAGCAACUGUUAUGAGAAUAAACAGUGUUCUGAAAAAAACAUUACCAGUUAACGUUAAAUGGUUAUUUUGUGGUUGUGUUUGCUGCUGUUGUACAUUAGGAUGUUCUUUGUGGCCUGUUAUUUGUUUGAGUAAAAGGACACAACAUUCAUUAAACAAGUUAUUAGAAUGGGAGAACAGUAGGCUAUAUCAUAAACUUGGAUUACAUUGGAGAUUAGCGAAACAAAGAUGUGAUACUUCAUCCAUGAUGGAAUAUGUUCUUUUAAUUGAAUUUAUUCCAAAAAUACCUAUAUACAAACCUGACUAAAGAAAAGAACUGGACUCCUGUAACUCAAGUAUGUAACAAAUUAUUGUAAAGUUUAAAAUGUGAAAAGCCGAAUGCUUCUGGCUUAAUUUUACAAUAAAAAUAGUGUGGAGCAUUACUAGAAGAGGCACUUAUGGGAUGCUUAUUUUUGUAAAUAUUAUAUGUAGGAUUGCAUUGUAUAAUAAUGAAAUAUGAAUCUGAAAUAACUAUGACAAAUUAGUUUCAUCUCUUAAAAUCUAUUUGAUCAGAUAUAGAAAUACGAACAAUUUAUGUAUUUAUUUUUUAUUAAAAGAAUUGUACUUUUUUUAAAUUUAUCAUUCAAUUGAAAAUAGAAAAACAUCAACAAAUAUUUAUUAUUGUAUGUAUAAGAAGCCGCAAAAAAUUAAUAUCUAAUUUACUAGUCAUUAAAAGAAUUAUUUUAAAUAACUUGUUUGUCCUGUUACAAUUUUCAAAACCGACAUUUUGAUUAGAUAUUAGAUUUUCGGGUAAGAAAUUAAUCUGACACAGUACAACGAACGCAUUUGAGUAUUUGUGACACAAAGGCAAAAAAUAAUUAUUGUCAAGUCCUUAUAUAUAAUUAUAAUGUAAAAUCUACAGAUACCCAUUUGUACAUACUUAUGUAUACAAUAUAGAAACUUAUUUUAUCUAGAGGUUGAUUUCUUACCAAGGUGAUACUAGAAAAUAUGACAUAUACAUGUAUGAUAUUUUACUUUCUGACAUAAAUUUUAUAUAAUUUAGGACAAUUAGAUGUAUAGACAAAUGAUCUAAAUUAAAAUAAAAAUGGUUUUAAACAAUGUUUAAUGCAUAAUAAGGGAUAAAGUAAUUUUUUAUUAUUGAUAGUAAUUUCUAGCGUGACAAUUUUUUAAAAAUAGAAAAAAAAAUGUUAACAUUCAAUACUUAUAUAUAUUGUAAAAUAUCAUUCUCAAUAAGUUAAUUGUCAUACUAUUUACUUAAAAGUUAGCAAAAUUUGUUUUUCUUUAAUGACCUAUAUUGUAUGGUUCUGCACAGGUACUUCUCUGUAAAAAAUUGUUAAAAUGUACAAUUUAGGUUGAUAGAAAUUGGGAUAAAAUUCAUUGAACUUAAUUAUGAUAACAAAAUUUGUUGGAAAAUUAUAAAAUACUUAUUAAUUUGAAGAAUAUAAAUAUUGUUUUUGCUAUUUCGUGGCUGUGACUGAGAAUAUAAGACUAGUUUUCAAUUUAAGUAUGCAUGUUAUACAUGUUUUAAGAUCGUAUACGUUCGAGUUUUUACAAAUAAUUUUAAUGAUUAUAUUUCUAUUUUUGUAAGACAUGUACUUAAUUUGGAAAGUUAUUCAGUAAUACUAGUACAUAUUUUUUUACAAUAGCUAUGACUUCAUACAUACGUAUAUAAUGAUUCAGAUAAAUACCAUUAUAAGAAAUAUUAUUUUUGAUGUGCCAAGUAAAUGUUUAAAUUAGUUAAUGAUAAAAUCGAAUGGCAAAGUAAAAUUGUUAAAUAUUACAAAAUACUAUAUUCUAUGUGGACACCUUAUUUGAGAUGUACUGUGCAGUGAAACCAUAAUUAAAAAUGAUUUGACUUUUUGUGUAUUAAAAAAUAUAACUAAAGCAAAAUUAUACAAAAUUGAUAAAGGUCAACUUGCUUGUGUGCUACAUCUUAAUAUUAAUGACAUAUCUUUGUAAUAAUCAAUAUUUACUCCUUUUUCUUCAGUAUAAUGGAUCUUUUAACCCUGCUGUUUUCCUUGAAACAUGUUACAUUAACAUGUUAUAUUUUUUUAAAUUCAGAAAUAAUUUAUUCUUUAAUAAUAUAAUAUACUACAAAAACUAAACACAAAAUUGAAGUACAUUGAUGUUAAAAAGAAAUAUUUAAAAGUACAGUAUUUAUGGAAAUAUAAUAUUCAUUUUAGACCACAUAGACACAAGAAGAGGCAGCAGGGUUAAAUUUGUUAAUUUAGAGAGUACAAGUACUUUCUAAUAUUUGUAAAUGUUUAAAUGUAACUAUUUUGAAAGUAGUAUUUUAAUGAACAAGAAGUAAAGAUAGAGUUUAUUGUUUAUUAACCGAAUGAUAUGGAGAUUUGUUUCAUCAUUAAUUGUAACUGUAUUUAGUAUGUUGAUAGAAAUUAAAAAUUAAGCAUUUUUGUUUUAUUCAAAUAUAUUAGAAUCACAUAUAGUUAAUUUCAUAACGAAAUUGUAUUGCACAUUUUCAUGAGUGCAAUUGUAAAUAUAUUUAAAAAUAUAGUGUAUCUAAAACGAAAAACACCAUGUUUGUAUAAAUAAAUAAGAAUUGUAACAAACCUAAAAUUUUUGAAAUUAGAGAAUUAUAAAAUUAUUUCAAAGAGUACAUUGAAUCUAACGAAUUUACUAGUAUUUUGAUAAAUAAACAUUAUUAUUAGAAAAUAAAUUAUUUCUUUAAAAAUAAACAGAUCUAUUAUUAUAUUGAAAUUAUAACAUAGAAUUGAUGUGAAAGAAAAGGAUGUGACAUAAUUAAGUUAACUACAGAAAAGUUAUGAAACAAGGGGGAUAUAUUUUUGAUAGGCAGAACAAAUAAUAAAAAAUGAUAUCCCUAAAAAUUUAUAAUGAUAUUGAUUAUGUUUUGUCAAAAUGAGAUGAAAAAUGUUAUAUACAAUUGUUUUAAAAGUGUUAAUAUUUUAUGUAAUUAUUCUGAUAAAGUAAAUUGUAAAAGAGGGUGAAGUGUGUAAAAGAAUUGGUUUAUUAUUAAUACAAAAUCGAGAAGUUAAUAUGUUUAACAUAAUACAAAAAAAGAAACAAUUUCAAUAAUUUUAUGAACAAAAAUAGAAACCAGGCUAUCAUGUUUUCAAUGUGUGCCUUUCACUCGUGGAUUUGUGUGAAUUGUAUAUGUAUAUAUCAUAUGUUGAAAAUAUAUUGUAAACUAUA